CAACUCUUAUAAUACACUCCAUUUUGCAUCUCACCUACUGCCUACCUACAUCUUCCUCUCUCCACUUCUUCUCCAUCUUCCAUCCUCUAUUAUUCCUACAACAUACAACUUACAACAUCAAUCAAAAACACAUCAAUCCACUCUACCUACAACAAUUCCCUUUUCACAAUCGAUCAAAAGAAUAUCCUUUUAUUCUUUGAUCGGUUUCUACAAACAUCGAAUCCUUCGAUUCUUCAAAGAUAUCCUAUUCAAAUAAUCGAUUUUCAUAAUCAAAUAGAUAAAUUUGUUAAUCUCUAUCAUGGCGUCCAUGACAGCCCCAACACCAGAUACUCUGGUUACCCUUAAGGUUAAUAUUGAGGGUAGCAAUCGAAGAUUCAAGCUUCCUCUUCGUGAUCUCGGUGCUAGCACUCUUCCCGAUAAGCUUCGAUUCCUUCUUGCCAUCCCUUCAACAUCCGAGGCUAUCUUUGAGAGAUACUCCGAUAGUGCUGCUGCCUUCAUCGUACUCGAUGCAACCAAUCCUUCAGUUUACAAACAAUUGUAUCGUGCUGCCAAGGCUAAGCUUAAGCUUAGACUCAAGGUCACCAUCAAGGACAAAGAACCCGUCAUGCCAAAGCCAGCUUCCGUCGAGGAUGAAGAGCCAACUUCAGCCAAGCCUGUUGUAACACAACCUGAAUACCCCUCAUUUGCCAGCCCAGUAUCGCACCCAUCAACUACUGAGAUCCCUGACGCCAGACGCAGCGUAGCUUUAAACUCGGAGGCUAUAAGAGAAGCACAACACAAGGACUCAAGUGCCGCAGUGCAAGUGCAAUCCAAAGUACAAGAGCAGAUUGAAGCAAUCAUCUCCCUACAGAAAUCUUUUGAUGAAAUGGCUGUCUCCAAUCAUCGCGCUGAUUACCAAGCAACAAUUGGACACGCAAAGCCACUUCCUUCCUACUUGUUGGACAGAGAUUUUGAUGCUGAGGCUCCAGUAAGCUCAAAGUCACCAGAGCCUGUCGUCGGCUCGUUCUCGGUUUACUGUAAUAGUUGCAAUGCCUCCAUUCCAGACAUCCACUAUCAUUGCAGCACCUGUGAUAAAGGUGAUUUCGACUUGUGCCCAGAGUGCAACGAUGCUGGAGUCACCUGCAACGGUGAUCAUUGGUUGAUUAAACGGAUCGUGAACAAGGGCCAAUACAUUCACAGCACAACCGAAAAGCUCGCCCCUAAACAACUCUCUGGCUAUAGAGAUAACAAGCCGCAAUUCUCCGACUCUAAGACUACCCUCGUUGCUCCCGCUGCCGAAGAGAAGGAACCGGUUCCUACUCGCACUUGCAACAGCUGCAUCUCCGAAUUGUCCGAAGAGAACUUUGUUACUUGCAUCGAUUGUGAAGAUUUCGAUUUGUGCAUUCAAUGUCAUGUAUCAUUGAAGCAUGGUCACAACCCUAAGCACGCUUUCGCUUUUGUGGAUGAGGAUGCUAACUUUGGUGCAAUGGCCUGUGCUCUUCUCGCCGCAGGUCGUAACGCCUCUCACUCUGCUAUCUGUGAUGGAUGUGAUAGAAACAUCUUUGGUGUUCGUCACAAGUGUCUUGAUUGUCCAGAUUGGGAUUACUGCGAUGCAUGCAUUGCGAAUGCUGCCUUCAUUCACCAAGGUCACAGAUUUGUACCCCUCUAUGAACCUGUCAGCCGCUCGGGUGCUCGACAACAAACUAGCAGAGUUCGUCACCAGGGUAUCUUCUGUGAUGGACCUCUUUGCAAACACAAGCACCACAGCGAGGAUGACAAUGGUAACAUUUCUCCCAGUUAUAUCACUGGAGAUCGUUACAAAUGUGCAGUCUGCCACGACACCGAUUUCUGUGCUGUUUGUGAGGCCAGUCCAUCCAACUCUCACAACAAAACUCAUCCUUUGAUCAAGUUCAAGACACCUGUUCGUAAUGUUAGCGUCACAACUCUUGGUGAUCAUCCAAAUGGUAAACCUAUGGCACCAAUGGGUGAUCGUUUUACUCCAACACAUUCAAAGGCAACCGAGACUACUCCAACUCCAUCCACUAAUGCUGCAACACAAGUUCAAACCGUUGCUGAAGUUAAGCCUGUUGAGGAUAAAUCUGUCGCUGAGGUUGAGCCUGUCGCUGAGGUCAAGUCUGUUGCUGAGGUCGAACCAGUUGAGGUUAAGGAAGAAGUUGUCGAGGAGGUCACUGAAGAAGCUCCAGCUCCUGUUGAAGAGGAAUUGGUCGCACACUUUGUUCGUGAUGCAGUUGCUGAUGGUACCAUCAUGACACCAAACUCGGUUUUCGAACAAACCUGGUAUCUCCGCAAUGGUGGUAAGACAUCUUGGCCUGCAGGUUGCAGUGUUAGAUUUGUUGGUGGCGAUAACAUGUGUGCUGUUGAUCCUGAACACCCAGCCAGUGUACAUGAACUCGUCAGUGCUGCUGAGAGCACAACUUGUUAUACUGAGGUCGCUCCUGGUCAAGAAUACGGUUUCACCGUCUUGAUGAGAACUCCAAACCGUGCUGGUAGCUUCAUUUCAUACUGGCGUCUUACCACUCCUACUGGUGAUAAAUUUGGUCACAGACUUUGGUGUGACAUCACUGUCAAUGAGCCAACUCCAGUCAUCAAGCCUGAAGUUGCUGAGACUGAAGCUCCUAAGGUUGAAGCUGCCAAGAUUGAAGCUCCUAAGGUUGUAGCUGAUGAGCAAGAGAUUGCCACCGAAGCUCCAUCCGAGGUUCAAGAAACUCGUGACGAACCUGAAGCUGAGGGUAGUCGAAUGAUUUUCCCAAAGCUUGAAAAGGAAUCUCCAAUUUCAAGCGUUCAUGAAGCUCAACCAUCACCAAAGGUUGUUCCAACUUCCGAAGACAUUUUCAAUGAUGAUUUUGAGGAGUUUAAUCAAAACUUUGAAGAUGAUGAGGGUGAGGAUGGAUUCAUGACUGAUGAGGAAUACGAUAUUCUCGAUGCCAGUGAUGAGGAAUACCUUGCUGAGCAAGAAUCAGAAUCAAAGAAGUAAAUACAUCACCCAGCAAGUUGUAUUAGGGUAAAGAUGAUUACAUAAAUAAAUGGAAAGGACGUGGAUGAAUAUGGCGAAGGGAAUGGGGAUGAAUUAUCACGAAUAAGGCAGGCGGCGUAAGAUUGACACACAAACAAGCUCUGGAUAGCGGAUGGAUUAAGGGAAAUGGAUGGAGCUUUUGGGAUUUUUUACACGUUCAAUAUUUUUGGUGAGGGGGAAAUGGAAUUUAUCUCACUCGCUGCUUUCUUUUCUAUUACGUCUUUUCCUCCGAGGCUUUUCUUUAAUUUUCUUUUACCACUUUUGGUCAUAUGUGAUGAUAUUUUUUGUAAGGGAAAUUUCAAUCACAGGAUUAAAGAUUGGUACUUGUUGUUUAUGGUUUAUAGUACGGUGGUGCUUUUGUUAUUGGGCAGGAAUAAUCUGUUAGGAAAAAUGAUGAUUUUUAAAAUAUU